CUCCCGGGGAGGGCGGCCGGGAGGGACUGUUGCUGCUCUCGGGCUGUGCGGGCGAGUGUGAGCCGGAGAGGAUGAGGCGAGCUCCGGGCCCGGCGCGGCCGGCCUCCGGGGGCCGGGGCGCCGCCGCCGCCGUCUGACUCGCUGCGCCCGCGAGCUGCAGCGCGCGCAUGGUGCCGGUGCGGCUCGGGUGUUGAUCCGCCCGUCCCCUCCGCUCCCCUCCCCCGUCUCCUCCGGCCCGGCAGAGCCAUGUCUCGGGGUGGCUCCUGCCCACACCUGUUGUGGGACGUGAGGAAAAGGUCGCUCGGGCUGGAGGACCCGUCCCGGCUGCGGAGCCGCUACCUGGGAAGAAGAGAAUUUAUCCAAAGAUUAAAACUUGAAGCAACCCUAAAUGUGCAUGAUGGCUGUGUUAAUACAAUCUGUUGGAAUGACACUGGAGAAUAUAUUUUAUCUGGCUCAGAUGACACCAAGCUAGUAAUCAGUAAUCCUUAUAGCAGAAAGGUUUUGACAACAAUUCCUUCAGGGCAUCGGGCAAAUAUAUUUAGUGCAAAGUUCUUACCUUGCACAAAUGAUAAACAGAUCGUGUCCUGCUCCGGAGAUGGAGUGAUAUUUUAUACCAAUGUGGAGCAAGAUGCGGAAAGUAACAGGCAGUGCCAGUUUACGUGCCAUUAUGGAACUACGUAUGAGAUCAUGACUGUACCAAAUGACCCUUACACUUUUCUGUCUUGUGGUGAAGACGGGACUGUCCGGUGGUUUGAUACCCGCAUCAAAACUAGCUGCACCAAGGAAGACUGCAAAGAUGAUAUUUUGAUUAACUGUCGCCGUGCUGCCACGUCUGUAGCCAUUUGUCCACCAAUACCAUAUUAUCUUGCUGUAGGUUGUUCUGAUAGCUCAGUACGAAUAUAUGAUCGUCGGAUGCUGGGCACAAGAGCUACAGGGAAUUAUGCAGGGCGAGGAACUACUGGAAUGGUUGCCCGUUUCAUUCCUUCCCAUCUUAAUAAUAAAUCCUGCAGAGUGACGUCCCUGUGUUAUAGCGAAGAUGGUCAAGAGAUUCUCGUUAGUUACUCUUCAGAUUACAUCUAUCUUUUUGACCCAAAAGAUGAUACAGCACGAGAACUUAAAACUCCUUCUGCAGAAGAGAGAAGAGAAGAGUUGCGACAGCCUCCUGUUAAGCGUUUGAGACUUCGUGGCGAUUGGUCAGAUACUGGACCCAGAGCGAGGCCUGAGAGUGAAAGAGAACGAGAUGGAGAGCAAAGUCCCAAUGUGUCGUUGAUGCAGAGAAUGUCUGACAUGUUAUCAAGAUGGUUUGAAGAAGCAAGCGAAGUUGCACAAAGCAAUAGAGGCCGAGGAAGAUCUCGACCCAGAGGUGGAAUGAGUCAGUCAGAUGUUUCAGCUGUUCCUGCUGGCCCAUCAAGUUCUGAUUUGGAACUGGGUGAAACUGCAAUGGAUGUAGAUGCUCCGGCGAAUCAGUUCCUUCAAGCUUCUCCGUCCUCCGCUGCCUCAGCUCAGGCGCUUGUGACCCCAUCUCCCACAGAAAGCCAGCACUUUACAUCGUCACCAGAUACCGAGCAGAGACAUGCUGUUGAGGCAUCUGGCCGCCAAACACAUCGUCAGUCUGAGUUUUUAAGGGGGCCUGAGAUAGCUUUGCUCCGUAAGCGCCUGCAACAACUGAGGCUUAAGAAGGCUGAGCAGCAGAGGCAGCAGGAGCUGGCUGCCCAGGCCCAGGAGCAGGCUUCUCCUCCCGGUCAGGCUCCGUGUGAGGGCUCUCCCCACGACCCUCAUGCUGCAGAUUCUCCUUCUUCUGUGGUUAACAAACAGCUCGGAUCCAUGUCACUUGAUGAGCAACAGGAUAACAGUAAUGAAAAGCUGAGCCCCAAACCGGGGACAGGUGAACCAGUUUUAAGUUUGCACUACAGCACAGAAGGAACAACCACAAGCACAAUAAAACUGAACUUUACAGAUGAAUGGAGCAGUACAGCUUCAAGUUCUAGAGGAAAUGGGAGCCAUUGCAAAUCUGAGGGUCAGGAGGAGCCUGUGAUCCCCCAGAGCUCAGGGGAGCCACCAGAAGGAGACAGCACAGCAAGUAAGCCAACAGAAUCAUCAGAGGAUGUGACAGAAUAUCAAGAAGGUUCAUCUUUGGAAACUCUAGGGCAGAACCCUAUAGAUAAAGCACAAUCAAAUACAUUUACAUCCGAGCCAUUGGAUUCCAACUCAGGAGACAAGAGUGACCUUAAUCUUGGUAGCCCUUGUGAGGGUCCAGAAGAAUCCUCUUCGUGUGAAAAGGACAAGGAGCCAGAAACCUCAGAUGAGACCGGCACUCAGAGUCCUUGCAAUCAGAACCCGAGUCCUGAGCCUCAGUCCCAUCCAGAAGCCAUCGAGCCUCCUGCUCCUGAGACGUCGGUCAGGGACGCCACUCUUCAGGACACUGAUGACAGUGAUGAUGACCCAGUCCUAAUCCCGGGCGCAAGGUAUCGAGCAGGACCUGGUGAUAGAUUUAAUAUCAGAGGAACAACAAUAGGUGAUAGAAUAAUGAGACGCUCUGCUGUUGCCCGCAUUCAGGAGUUCUUCAGGCGGAGAAAAGAAAGGAAAGAAAUGGAAGAAUUGGAUACUUUGAACAUUAGAAGGCCACUGGUUAAAAUGGUUUAUAAAGGCCAUCGCAACUCCAGGACAAUGAUAAAAGAAGCCAAUUUCUGGGGUGCUAACUUUGUAAUGAGUGGUUCUGACUGCGGCCACAUCUUCAUCUGGGAUCGGCACACCGCCGAGCACUUGAUGCUUCUGGAAGCCGACAAUCACGUGGUGAACUGCCUGCAGCCCCAUCCCUUCGACCCAAUUCUAGCCUCAUCUGGCAUAGAUUAUGAUAUAAAGAUCUGGUCACCACUGGAAGAGUCAAGGAUUUUUAACCGAAAACUUGCUGAUGAAGUUAUAACUCGAAAUGAACUCAUGCUGGAAGAGACUAGAAAUACCAUUACAGUUCCAGCCUCUUUCAUGUUGAGAAUGUUGGCUUCGCUGAACCACAUCCGAGCCGACCGGCUGGAAGGUGACAGAUCAGAAGGCUCCGGCCAGGAGAAUGAGACCGAGGAGGAGUGACGGACGCCUCUCCGGGCAAGCACUGAGACGUUCUGAAAUUUGUAUAAGACAAUUGAUUAUAUAUAUUUUUUUCCUUACAGAACUUUAGUGCAAUUUUAAGGCUAUGAUUUUUUUGGAAUUUUUCCCCUUUUUGGGGAUAAUCUAACAUUGGUUUGGAAUGAGUGUGUGCAUGAAUUUUGUGGAGAGUAUGUUGAACAAAACUAGCAAAAUGUUUUUAAAACCUUUUGCGGGUAUGAAAAGUGCUAGAAAAAUGCGAAGUGCAAUAUUCCCCCUAACCUUCAGAUGUGGGAGCUUGGAUCAAUGUUGAAGUGUAAUUUUCAUUAUAGUGAAAAUGUUGGUUCAAAUAAAUUUCUACACUUGCCAUUUGCAUGUUUGUGACUUUCUGAUUAAAGAAGAUGGUUGUUUUAAGAUA